AAAAAUAAAUAAAUUUCUUUCGAACGAUCGAUUUAUCGAUUGAACGAACGAUCGAUCUAUUUAUUUGUUAAAUCGAUCGAAUUUAACGUUCAUCAACGAUCGGUUAGUUAGUUUACUUAAGUUGCACACACGGUAGCCCCGUAAACACAAACAACAUUCGAAGAAAUUACAAACGAAGAAAGUAGUUACAAAGAAAAAGGAAAGAGUGCACAAAAAAUAUUCGUGAACAAUCGAUACUUGUCAUCGAUUGAUCCACAUCCAUCCAUCUAUCCAUCCAUCCAUCCAUCCAUCAUCGAUCGGGGAAGGAUGUCGCACGACAACUUAGGAUUUACGGCGAGUACGGAUGCUUUGGAACCCAAAGGAUGGCACUCGAGUUCCGUACCGAUGCAACACAAUAACACUAAAACGAAUGACCGGGCAAAUAUCUACACGUUGGAACUCGAAGAGAAGAAGAAAGGUAUUCAAGAAUACGACGACGAUGAUUAUGAACCAUACGACCAUAGAACUGUUGCACAUCCAACUACAACCGUGGAGACAUUAUUUCAUUUAUUAAAAGGCAGUUUAGGUACUGGAAUUCUUGCAAUGCCAAUGGCCUUUCACAAUUCGGGAUAUGCGUUAGGCAUGGUUGCAACGAUAAUCAUUGGUCUACUUUGUACAUAUUGCAUGAGAAUGCUCGUAACUUCGAUGUACACCUUGUGUAAAAGAAAGAAGGUAGCAUCCAUGACUUAUCCUGCAACUAUAGAAGCUGCUUUAGAAGAAGGUCCAAUUUGUUUGAGGUGGUUUUCCAAAUAUUCCAUACACGUUACCAAUACUUUCUUAUUAAUUUAUCAAUUGGGCAGUUGUUGCGUUUACAUCGUGUUCAUCGCAAAUAAUUUAAGAAGGGCACUCGAAAGCUUCCUUUCCGAAGAUGCAAAACUAUAUAUGACCGAUAAAAUAUACAUGGUACUAUUAAUUUUGCCAUUGAUUUUUAUUAACUGGAUUAAAAAUCUGAAGUUUUUGGUGCCCUGUUCGAAAGUUGCCACUGUUGUAACAUUCGUAAGUUUUAGUAUCAUACUAUACUACAUAUUCAAGGAUCCAUUAUCAUUUGAUAAUCGUGAACCGGUUGGAGAAAUCGAAAAUUUUCCUCUUUAUUUUGGGACUGUACUCUUUGCACUUGAGGCUAUCGGUGUGAUCAUGCCGUUGGAAAAUGAGAUGAAGAAACCAAAAUAUUUCACAUCUUCGUGUGGUGUAUUAAAUAUUGGUAUGGGUACAAUCGUUGUUUUGUAUGCCGGAAUGGGAUUUUGUGGAUAUAUACGUUAUGGUAGUGACAUAAAGGGCAGUAUCACGUUGAAUCUUCCAUCGAACGAAGCAUUAGCGAAAUCCGUACAACUUCUUCUUGCAUUGGCCAUUUAUUUCACCCAACCUAUACAAUGUUACGUAGCAAUCGAUAUUGUUUGGAACGAGUAUUUAAGUCCACGUUUGGAAAAGAAUUCUUACAGAAAAUUAUGGGAAUAUCUUGUCAGGACUGGCCUUGUAUUAAUCACUGCUUUGCUGGCCAUUGCAGUUCCAAGUUUGGAAUACUUCAUAUCUCUGUUUGGUGCAUUGUGUCUCUCAGCUCUCGGUUUAGGAUUCCCAGCAAUUAUUCAACUCUGCACAUGUUGGAAAGAAUCUGGUCGAUGGACCAGGGCUUUAUUGCUUAUUAAAAAUUUAAUUAUUGUUAUUAUCGGAGUAAUCGGUCUUUUAGUUGGAACAUAUACAAGUUUAAAAGAGAUCUUUGAAAAGGUCAUUCUGAAUGAUGCGAAUUGAUCGACAGAUCGAUUAUGAUUAAGGAAAAUGCUGAAAUGAAUGAAGGAAACACUUGACUAGUGAGAGUAUACCGGAGUGCUCUCAGUCACAAGAAAGAAACCGGGGAUUUAUUAAAUUGUGAUAUAUGUAUAUAUAUACACACACGCGCGUUAUUACGCAUAUACACAAAUAUGUAUUAAUACACCAAGAGAGCCGAGGAAGUAUAAUUAAUAACCAUAAUUUUAUAGAUCGUCAUAAAAAUGACUUAACAACGUAGUAUUGUAUAUACAAUGAUCGAUAUGAAAUUAUUGAAUCAUCGAUCUCUUAAUAUCGAUGAUAAAGAAGUUUCAUUCAUUCGAAAGAGAAAAAAUCUUUCUGGUUGCGAGAUAAUGAUCAUUAUAUUUUAUUAUUUUUGUGUUUUUUUGUUUGUUUGUAAAAUACACUCCUAUUGCGAGUUCGUGCGCCGUCGACUAUCGAAUAGUUUUUUUUUAUCAAUGAGAAAUUAAUAAUAAUUAAAUUUAAGGGGGGGAAUAAAAAAAAAACUUUGAAGA